UGAGCGCGCAGCCCUGCGCACUCUGCGCUCUGAUUGGACGCCUGGGUUGCUCCUGUGCAGCGGACCCAGGGGUGUGUGUGGGACAUCUUCUCCUGCUGUGGUCCGGCUCUCCAGCUCCAGAUCCAUUGAUGAAGAUGGAGGUCAGGCCUCUGCUGAUGUGCUUCGCUCUGUGCGUGGUCUAUGCCACCAGCAAGCCCACGGAGAAGAAGGACCGUGUGCACCAUGAGGCACCACUGAGCAGCAAGGAGCACAAUGAUGCUGAAAACUUUGAGUAUGACCAUGAUGCUUUCCUUGGAGAAGAGGUGGCCAAAUCCUUUGAUGACCUAACCCCAGAAGAGAGCAAGGAGAGACUCGGCAAAAUUGUGGAGAAGAUAGAUGCUGAUCAGGAUGGCUUUGUCACGGAGACAGAGCUCAAGGAAUGGAUUAAAAAAGCUCAGAAGAAGUACAUCUAUGACAACGUGGACAGACAGUGGAAGGAUUUUGACACGAACAACGACGGCAGGAUCUCUUGGGAUGAGUACAAGAACGUCACAUACGGCACCUACCUUGAUGACCCCGAGCCGGACGAUGGCUACAACUACAAGCAGAUGAUGGCCAGAGACGAACGCCGUUUUAAGAUGGCAGACAGAAAUCGUGACGGUAUUGCGGACAAAGAGGAGUUCACUGCUUUCCUUCACCCUGAGGAGUAUGAACACAUGAAAGAGAUCGUGGUGCUGGAAACAUUGGAGGACAUUGAUAAGAAUGGGGAUGGAUUUAUUGAUCUGGAAGAGUACAUUGGCGAUAUGUACAACCAUGAAGAUGAGAUGGAUGAACCAGAGUGGGUAGCUACAGAGCGCGAGCAGUUCUCUGAAUUCAGAGACAAGAACAAGGACGGAAAGAUGGACAAGGAGGAGACGAUGGACUGGAUCCUGCCUGCUGACUAUGACCACGCUGAGGCCGAGGCCAAGCACCUGGUCUACGAGUCGGAUUCCAACAAGGAUGGCAAACUGACCAAAGAGGAGAUCGUCAACAAGUACGACUUGUUUGUGGGAAGUCAAGCCACUGACUUUGGUGAAGCAUUAGUACGACAUGACGAGUUUUAAAUAUGUUUUGUAGUUGAAUAGCUAAGAACUUUUUAACUUGAGCUGGUAAGUAAUAUAAUUUAUUUUAUAUGCCAUUAUUUUUCAACACUAAAGCAUCAUAUUAGCACAGAGUAAUACGGUUUAUUUGUUGUGCACUCACACUUAUACUUUUUUGGUAUCUUCAGAAAUGGGUGAUUUUGCUUCAGUCUUGGAUUCAUGUCCUCUAUAUUCUAUAAUUUCAAUGUAUUAACUACCGUACAUGUGUUCAUAUUUCAAGGGUUAUUUUUUAUUGAUAUUGUAUAUUGAUUUGUACUGUAUGGAGGCGUGGCUCUAAAGGCUGCACUCUGGGGCUGUCCACUGUUAUUCUCUGAAAGCAGUGAGGGGGAGUUUUACAAAGGGUCACACUAAUGUUCAGGCUACUCGUCUGUUUUCCUGUACCAUUUGCAUCCUUGACCAUUUCAUGAGACGACCCCCUGCAUUAUUCUGAUAUUUUCUCCACGUUGCGAUUUGUGCCUUUUGUUCUGCUCACUUGGUAUCCAGUUUGAAAACGGCAGCUGGACACGGGCCAUCCAGUACUGUCACGGUCACUCCUGAGGAAAUGUAUGGCAAUGUUAGUAUUAGGAUGAGCAGCUGGUUCAAUUUUCAGUUGAAUCUGAAGAUAAUUUGUUCAGCUGGACCCGGAGCUGCUGUAGAACCUUCACUAGCUUCUGACUUGAGUUUAGCUUGUUAAAGGAGCCACAGAGGCAAGUUGCUGCUUUUUUUUGGCUCAUUCAGGCCCUGACUGCUCUUGUGUCCUGUGAGCUUAAUCACUGCAUUUCAUUUCAACUCGGUUUGUAUUGUCGUUUCUUGCAAAUGAGUUUUUGUACCCUAACAUUUCAAUUGAUCUGAACAGUUUCUCAUUAAAAAAACACCAAUGAGUCCACAGAA